UUGUGACCGUUUAGAGGCGCACAAAUGUUAUUAAUCACUUUUGUAUGAAGACCGGUCGUUGGGAACCCGUUCUGGAAGUGUCGUGACAGUUUCGCUGCGUGUCUCGCGAGUGCACCCGGUUAUCACUCCGUCGGGAGCAGGAAGGGCGCGCAAACAUCUUCUCCGGGUUCCAGUUGGUUGGACGCGUUGUCGUAUGACCGACUGUGAUGGAAUGAAGAAAGAGCACAUGGCAAUGUGACGCGACGCGCCAGUUUUACCCUGUAAUCCGCCGUGGACAAUAAAGCCCUAAUGAUUGAAAUAGUCGUCGGUUUGUCUCUUGGAACUGCUCUGUUCACACCCGAGUGCGACUGGAUGUGACGUGAAGUAAUAGUGGCAGGCUCAUUUGUUGAAUUUAUGGGCUCACUUCCCCCUUUCAAGCAAUUGGUGGUGAUUUGAGUUGAUGGUUUUUAUUGUCAUCAGCGAAUGGCAGUUUAUGGUUCCAUUCGCCAUACAAUCGUUUGUGGAAAAUUAUAACGAGCAUAGUUAUGAAUGAAUUAAGUAUAAAUUAUUAGCGUUUAUUAUCAUGCCGCAAUAAAACACAAAUAUGUAUAGCGGCAAAACUGUGCGGCGAAAAAAUCUAGACAAAAUAAAAUAAUGGAUUAAUUUACAUAACUUCAACUAAAUGUGGAUUUAUUGCAUCUAAAUGGAUAUAAAUCUAGCUCAGGGGAUUAUAAUUCAGUGAUUUAUGUAGUUUUUAUUCUGUGUUGCGCUUUGUUUUCGGCUACCUCAGUCUCACCGUGGCCUGGAUGCCGACCUGGAAGUGCUGAGAAAAAAAACGGCAAGCAACACCAGCGAGAUCCAGUGGAAAAUAUUGCUCUCUGCAGUGUGAAUAAAAUUAUGGCCGUGAUUACGGCUGCGGAUAAAUUUAUGUAUUCCUGCUCGGACCGGUGGUGCUCGCAGUGAUUUCGUGCCUCGUCCCGUGCAACUUAUCAUAUAUGGCUACACCGGCUCGCGUGUGAAUGUGAAAAUAUUUGUCCGUCAAUUUGAUACGGCUCAUCACCUAUCAUUCUGUCUGUGUGGGGGGCAAAAUUGCCAAGCAUUUCAUAACGUUCCAGGGCAGUGAAAUGUGAAGUGAAAGCAAAAGUGACAAAUAAACAACAACAGCGGCUUAGCGAAGAGGAAAUCAGAUUUAUAGCUCAAUGUGAUUUAUGGAAUUCGCUUCAACCGCACAGUGUAAUGUUUACACAUGCUGCUCCAGAUAACAGGAUUAAUUUAUAAUUGUAUUUCAAACAAGUAGCUGCCAGGCUGAUUAGUGGAUGCUGAUAAAAGUCAACAGAUUAAACCGGAUUGCAUCACUGGCGGCAUUUUCUUCGUGGCAGCAAAGCACUUUUUUGGAUUAACGAGUAACCAGCAACAAACUCCACCAUGCUGACUUCAAGUAACCAGUACAUACGCCCGGAGUAUCUAACACCACUUCCUAAUACGUUCGACUCCAAAAAUAGUCCACUGGCUUUGCUGGCUCAAACGUGUAGCGCCAUAGGAUCCGAUUCUCCCAAUCCUAAGCUGUUGGCCAAUAUCGAGAAGAGUACAAAAAGCAGUCGCGACAAGCUAUCACCGGGAACUCUUUCCAGUGGUUCUUCGAACGACACUCCAAAAUCUAGCUUCAAGCCCUACGAACCAACACCGGUAGUCAAUCGAGAACACACGAAAUCUCCCGAUGAUGGUCGAUAUGUGGGUUCCAGGAACAAAUCUCCUAAACCAUGUUCUAGUACUUCAGCUAAUCAACCCGCCAAUGUACGUUGUGAAUCCAACCAAAGUGCCGCUUCAUCACGAGCUUCUCCUUCUGGACUGAACCGCAAAACACCAAACAGUGCGAAGCCUCACUCAGAGCGGAUCGGUAGUCCAAGUUGUGCCUCUUCCAAAGACUCGCCAAGCGCACCAGCCAGCACCGGACUCGAAUCGUCCAAAGCAGAGUAUCCAAACAUGUCGAGCGAAAGCAGUGCAUCGAAACCCAUGGCAUCAUCAGCGGGGCCUACAUCUUCUUCGAUUGGUCCACCGUAUUACUCCGCUUACGGUAAUUAUCCAAUGGACCUGAUGAUGCACCAUCAAAUGCUCAAAGCGGCUGCUUUAAAUCCCUAUUUCAACUACGCUAAGAUGAAAGCUCCCGACUCAAUGCUACCCGUGUGCCGAGAUCCGUAUUGCACAGGUUGUGCCUUAAGUUCACAUAUGCUGGGAAAACUGGGCACUUCUGGCUGCCCGGCUGGUUGUACCCAAUGUGAUCAUCCUGGUAGUAAAUCUUAUCAAUCGGCCGCUGCCGCUGCAUCUUUAGCCGCUAGUCAGUCUACUGCUGCCAUGUACGCACAUGCUCAACUAGCCGCCCUAGCAGCAGCAUCACAACUUCCAUAUGUCUGCAAUUGGAUCGGCAGUGAUUCUUCGUAUUGUGGGAAAAGGUUUGGAGCAUCGGAAGAACUCUUUCAGCACCUCCGAACUCAACAUGCGGCCGCAGCAUCAAUGGCAGAAGCUCUACUUAAUCCAGCAACAGCAGCUGCAGCCGCUGCUGGUUUGCCUCCAACACACCCACUUUUCCAAAGAACAUACCCAACUCCACCACUAAGUCCUCUAUCAGCUGCCCGAUAUCAUCCCUAUGGGAAACCUCCCCUACUGCCUCCCACAAUGUCCCCGGCAUCGUUAGCUGGGCUCCCGAUGCCACCACAUCCAUCUUUAGCGCAGUAUUUCCCUCCAUUCUCCUAUUAUGGAGCGCGGCUAAACGGGUCAAACAAUAUGCAUCCAUGAGAUUCGCCGGAUCACUGUUGCAAUUAGUUUGUACAUAAUCAUCGUUUCUUCUACAAUGUUAGUUGUCAAAGCAAAUUUCUUUUAACGAACUUUUAUCAAAACCUUAACUCAAUUAAGGUAAAAUAACAAAGAAAAAAUAAAAUCAAAAUAUUUUCUUGA